AUGCCUCGAACGUUUCCUCGAAUUUGUCCGCUAUGUGGCAAACCUGGUGUGUCCAACUUGAGUUCUCAUCUUGAAAUUGUCCAUGACUUAACCGGGCUAAGACGAACACGACUCUUAAAAGAGGCUAAGGUUUCUUGGGAAUCAAAAAGAGAAUAUAUUUCUACAAGCGUCGACUUACCUCGUUGUUCAUCUAGUUCCACGAGAAAAAUAUGUGAACCAAGAAAAAGAAGAAGACCAGUAAACGAAACGCCGAAAACUUCUUCUACUGCGAAGAAGGUAAAGCUUUCCCAUGAUGUUUCCUUGGCAACCGAGCCUUAUCCAGAUUUUAUGUUUCGCCAUAAGUUCUCACUCCUUGUGGUUGGACCAAGUCAAUCAGGGAAAACAGUUUUCGUAGAACAGAUUCUAACGAGAGAUCGUAUUGUCUACGAAACCAACAAGCCCCGUCGCAUUUUA